CUCCCUUUCCAAUACAAACAUCGCAAUACACAAAGUGAACCUUUCUCCCAAAAUUCCUCCGCCAUGGAUUCCGACGGCGACGAAUCCGCCUUUCUACCGUCGGCGCUUGUCUCCCUAACGUCAAUGGUGUCUCCGUCUCUGCGCCGCCUAUCCAGCUGUUUCACACCGCCGAAGAAGCCGACCGUGAGAGCCAAGCCGCAGCUGGCCUGGGUGUCGCUCCAGGGACGGCUGAUCGGAGCCGAGGAGGCGACGGCGGUGUCGAGCAUUGACGCCAAUGGCGUGCUCAGUACGGAGGCGGCGGCGGCGUGGGAGCUGUUUACCCCUAUUCAACGCGUCCUGAUUGUGGCCGUUGUCGCGGCGGCGGCGGCGAAUUCGAAGAAGAAUAAACAGAUUUUUCAGCUGCAGAAAUCUGUAGAAGUUAGGGAUCAAGUGCUGUUAGAAAUGCAACAAAAAUUGGACACCAUAUGUGAUCAGUUGAAUCAUUCCCGGGAUCAACCAGAAGCCGUGCUUCCAAAUUUCGAACACGAUUGUAAGCCCGGUGUAAAUCAUCACUUGCAGACUAAUGAUUUCAUGGCGACAAAAGGAUCAAACUACGACGAAUGCUUAAAGUACAAAACGCCGUCAAUCGCCAACGAAGCUGAACCAGAGGAGCGCCGGAUGUCUGAUUUAUCCGAUUGGGCGCCGAGCAUUGCUUCUUCAAUUGACAUUCAGAUGGAUAAUUCGGUAAACGAGCACGAAUACAAUGCCCUGAUAAAGGAAAACCUCGACAAGGACGUCGCCAUUAAAACACUUUCUUCGUAUAUCCAAUCUUCGGAUGCUUUAGCUUCUAAGAGGAUAGUCGAAUUGGAAGAUCUCAUACGGCGCAAGAAUAUGAUCAUCAACAAACUACGAAAGGAUGCAAUAAUUCUCGAACAAAAGGUGAUGAAUUUGAUGAGACUCCGGCGAAAAUCAUUCAUGGCGUCGAGUUCUAAGUCGCCGCACGUUCCCAUGCUAACAGACAACGUUCUAUUCGACAUGGACAGCACCACCGGCCCUUCGUCUUCCGACUCCGACGACUCCUCCAAUAGAAGACAGGCUCUGUCUUCGAAUCGAAUGAUCGAAGAAGGUUUGAUAAAUGGCCUCGACUUGAGUCGAGUUACGAGCUCUACUUCGAUGGAUCGGAAUCGAAGUUCGACUACAGGUUCUAGAACAAGUCGAGCGACGACAAUGUUGGGCGGAAGAGAAAGUUGGAGCGAGAGACGAUUUCUGGAGAAGUCGAAGGAAGUGGUUGUGCAUAAGAGGUGGGUUUGAUUCGAUCGUAAUCGAAGAAUUUGAAUUCGGUAUUUAUCCAAAGAAGAAUGUUUCAUUUGGCAAGUUUUAUGUUUCAUCAAUUUAAUGUUUUGGAUAUAACCUUGGACAAAAUUGAAUAUGUUAAUUUAUACUAAUC